GUACUUGUUCCGAAAAGGCAGCGUGCAGCGUGUCUUGAAGUACAACUAGAUCAGAAGUUUAAAGCUCUUUGUGUUUCGCAUCAUCUUGAGCGAAGAUCCGCAAGGCAGCGUGUCAACAUGAAAUUGGUCUUUCGAUGCAUCUUCUCAUUUUGUUUUUCGCGUUGAUCAUUCCUAGCACGUCUACGACCUCGUCUUCCCGUGCCAAGAAACACACCGAUUUCGGCUCAUAUCAAACACCUUGUAUAGGCUUUUGAUAGAACAAGCAGGGAGCACGAACAGCUGGAAUAUUUUACGUUUUUGUGCUUAUCCAGAGGUAGCUACUAUAAUUUUGCACCACACAGAAUUAAUAUUAGUACAAGAUUUCGGCUUUGCAUUCGCUUUGAUGCAAUAAAUUGCUCAAUUUACCUCUUCUUCUUGACUUUUUCAUCAUCCGUGUAGGUACAAACAUCAUGACGUUGUGCAAGUAGCGAUAUGUAAAUGAAGCUGCCAAGGCGCUCCUCGUCCUCUUCCAAGUGGGCAGCACGGGGCUUCUUCUUCGGCGUAUCAUACAUAGUUACUUACACUAGCUCGUGAUGUGGUCAACACGAUAGGGAAAACUAAAACUCGUACUGUAGCUUGUAGUGUAGUAGUUAUUUGUAGGAAGAAGUCGAAGAGGAGAAUGCAAAUAUGCAUUGCAAAUAUGUCGGGGUCUGAAAGGUUGCAACUUGUAAUGCUAAUUCUGAAUCGUGCAAAAAUUUGUGUUGCAUGAAUGCCAUAAGAUGUUCACUUUUGACCAAGUUAAGAGGAAGUUUCUCAUGCAGGAUAGGCCUGAUAGGGAUCUCACAGAAUCUGUCAUGCUAGGUCCGGCAUUCGAGACCCGACAUGGGUCAUGGAAAAUCUGCAUCACAAACACAAGUCACGGAAUCUUCCAGACCCAGACAUAUUUUCGUUUGAUAACCAACACCGAGUUGCAACUACUGCAACACAAAUUCGGCCGGAUUCGGGAGAAGUUGUUGCUGCAAAUUCAGGCGGAGAAGGGACGAGUGGAUAAAAAGCAGUUGGAACUUAUGGAACUGUCAGGAUUGAAAUCGACAAAGUUGAAAUGAUUUGCCAUGCAUAAAGUGGAUGCCCGUUGGUGUCCAGUUUCCAAGUGGCGCAUGACAAAUUUGGGAAGAGCCGAAACCCAGUUUGUCAUGCUGUUUGGGCAAGGAAGACGCCUUUUGUCAUGCUACUUUAGCAGCUCUAUUGCUACCCAUCAACAGGCCUACAAUCUGGCUCCCUUGCCUACUCAGCAAGACAAGCAUUUUGCGGCUUGCAUUUCAUGCAUCACAAACUAUUUCAACUUUAGCGAUUUCAAACCUGACACUCCCACAGAACUGCAAGCGGGAGCUGUUACAACGCCAAGUGCUGGAACUGCCGCGUCGGGCGGUGUCGUGGGAACGAUGGGAGGAGGUUCGACGAUGCCGUGAAGGGGAGAUGGGCUGAUGUUUGGGAAGAUUGAGAUCACUGAGUGGUGAUUCAGUGUUGUUGGGAGGAACAAGAUUUUGAAGAAUUUUUUGUUAGAGGUUUUUCUUUUUUCCGAGACGAACGACCUGGCGUAGAACCGAAAGCUGCAACUUUGAGGGUUUUCUUUUUUCCGCUCGCUUGUAAAACAUAAAUCCAUUCGGGGAUAUUGAUAUCCACAUCUCUCCUCGCGCUGCGACUGUACUUGUGUGCCUUUCAAGGUCACCACAACAAC